GUUAUUCUAACUUUGCAAGACGCCAGACAUGCCGAAACUGCGAUUCGCUUCGGCUCCGCACUGAAUGGCGCUCUGGAAAUUGGAGCCAUUGGCCAAGCUCUGAAGCUGACAGUAAGCGAUGAUGGCAGAGAGCCACAAGUUUCUUCCUUGACUCGCCUAGUCGCGACGAAGGAUGUUCCGGCAGCGGAUGAGCGCUCAUCCUGCGCCGUGGACGAGGAACAGACGUUAAUGAAGCGUUGGGAAGCCUGGCCCCCCUCCACAAGACGUGAGGCCAUGCUGGAGCAGUUCCUGACACUCCCAGAGGUUGAGGCCCCGGAGGCGGCCCCCAAGGUCUCGAAAGCUCCGAGGUUCCAAGCGCAGCAUCCACGCGAGGCGGCCUCAGCGCACCUAGGUGCUACGCAGCAGGAGCGCACCGCAGAACUGCACAAGGCAGCUGCAGCAGGGGACAGGUUUCGUUUGCUCGCUCUCUUUGAGGCCGGAGUAGACGUAGACGCUGUGAACGAGUAUGGCCAGUCGCCCGUCUUCCUGGCAGCAUAUCACGACGCGGCUGAGGCAGUCUCGUUGCUGGCCUGGGCCGGAGCAGACAUUGACCGUCCGGCGAACGGAGGUUCUUCUGCCUGGGCCUGUGCUGCUGCUAUUGGACACGAAGGUGCUGCACGUGCCCUGGUGGAGGCCGGCGCAAGGACGGUUCCGGUGCAGCGCUCUGCUUUUGUUGGCUCAGAGCCGGACCCGUCCUUCCACUGGCUGAUCCCACUCGACUCGGACGCAGCCGGGGCCGGAAGUUGCAUCCUGGACGAUGCCUUGGCUGAGGACUUCCUGUGUCAGGUGGACCACCUUUUCGAAAGCUUGCCUGUGGCGGCCCGAACGAAAAGCUGCUCCUCCGAUCGUAGCUACUACUGCGACUCGGAAGGAUGGAUACAGGAAGCGUUUAAGAGUGCUUUCCUUGCCGCCCAAGAAAAGCACCGAGCGCUGGUGGAUCUUGAGCUGGAGGUUACCAUGCCUCAUAUGCGCUUCCUGCACUAUGCAGAUGUGGGAGGUGGUCUGCCGCCACACCUCGAUCUUGUGCGAACUGACGAGAAGGGAAGACGAUCCACUCACACCUUUAUCCUCUACUUAAGCGACUGCUCUGGUGGUGGCGGCGAGACGGUUCUCCUCCAUCACAUGGAGGACAAUGCCGAGGCCGUUCUUGUUGCCGUCGAGCCUCGCAGAGGCCGGUUGCUGCUCUUUCCUCACCUGUGCCCGCACCUCGCGCGGCCCACGGUGGUGGUCCCCAAGCUCCUGCUCCGUGGGGAGAUUCCAGUUGUGGCGAGCCGGCUCCAGAGCGCGACAAGUGGUGUUGAGUUGCUAAGGUGGCGAGGUCUCUUUGUCUACGAGUGUAUCGAGGCUGGCAAUAACGGUGGCAAUAUGGAAGCCUGCAGCCCCUGUGAGCAGCUUCGGCUCCUGCCCAUGACAUGGCGAAAGCAGUUCACGCAUCAGGAGAUCUGGGUGAUGAACACAGCUUACUGCCUCUACGCGUCGGAUGGUCCCCAAGUGGCUUUGGAGGCAACAUUUCGCGGCCGUUUGGACGAGAUGGCCAAGUGCUUGGCCGUUUCGCCAGCGGAUGCAGCCGUUCGCCUUUUUUGGGCCGAUGCCGUCAUUUCAGUCGAAGGUGAUGACUUGUCGACUUGGAUGAGGUUUCUGACGAAGAGGGCACCGAGCGAGCAACAGACCUGCCAGUUCCUUUGGCCAAACAUUGUCGCGGCUGGCGAAGGCCGUCGGGCCUGCCGAGGCGUGGAAGAGGCCAUAGAGAGCUGGACAGCCGACGCAGAGGCUGAGCAGCCCACGCCGGGAAUCGAUGUGUGGAAGCCCAAGAUUGCCGAGGAGCUUCUGCAGCGUGAGCUCGAGGAGUCUUGGUUCGAGUGGCCGAGGCAGCCAACAGCAGAAAGCGCACACCACUUCCUGAAGAAGUUGCAGAUGCGCUGGAGCAGAGACACCAACGGUGAGAGCAGGCCAUCAGUCGUCGGAAUGCUGCUGGACAUCGACGGGGCCACCCUAAAACCCUACUGCGCCUCCCCUCUCUCGCCACCAGCAAGGCAUGUUUCUGACCCAGAGGUUUGUGUGACUAUCCUUGGUGGGCCAAAGGGCAUCUCACCCGGGUUCAAGGCUUGUUUGCAAGAUGUCUUUGGCACGCUGGCCGUCCCGCUCCUGAAGGUGCGGCUUGGCCCUGAAGAAGAGAUGGCGCAUGCAUGUUUGGCAUACUUGCGGCUGCAGGAUGACGCAGGCCUGCUCAAGGCUGCAGUCACUGACCUGCUCCGUCUCGGGCCCUCGCGAUAUGCAUCCCUCGUCGCCUCGUCCGAGCGUGCGCUUUACAGUCUGGCAAGGAGGCUGCACCUUGUACAGAAGGCCUUUGAAUAG